UUUGUUGCGUUUCAAAGCAUCUGCUCACUCGAUCAUUCACUCUUCCUGCACUGAUUACACUCGUCUGAGUUUAGUUCAGUGUCACGUGAGAGACACACAGACAACUCACUAUAAAUGAUUGUUGUGGGUCCACCGAGCAGAUCAGCGGUAAGGACAGCCCUCGGACAGAGAGCUGCACUAGUGCACUGGACUCAGUAGUGUGCACUGCGCCAUCAGUCAGUAUGGACGCGUGGAACGUGCGCGUGCUCGCGGCAGUGACAGUGAUCGGAUUCAUUCAGUUCGUGUCCACUGUGACUCUCCUGCUGCACUUCACUGGACACAUCACUCAGAUAGAUUCAGUCACAGCGCUGAAGAACCACUCUGAGGCGGUGGUUAAAGAGUCUCUCCUGAGUGAGAGAUUCACAGAUGACGCAGAGAAGAACCGCAGACAGUCGUCACCAGCAGCUCACCUGCCCAUCAAACCAUCCAGACACACGCCAAGAGAUGUUCAUGCCACGGUCCUCCAUUGGAACCCUGACCAGGGUCAUCUCUCGCACUUGGGUUAUCGCCACGGACGGAUUCUUGUCCAGAAACUGGGGUUGUACUACAUAUACGCCAAAACCUGUUUCCGUCACUAUGAGAGCCUGGAGACGGACGCUGGUCCUGGUUCUUCUCUCACUGCUGUGCAGCUCAUCCAGUACAUUCAUCAGGAGCGCUUCUCUCGGAGCGCGGCGUCCAACUCGUCGGUGCUGAUGAAGACGGGCAGCACACGCAUGUGGAGGAGAGGAGGCUAUCACAUGUGCUGUCAGCAGCAGGGCGGCGUGUUCUCACUGCGGCCCGGAGACGCUCUGUACGUCAGCGUGUCCAACUCCUGGAUGCUGGACCCCGAGGCUGAAGGAAGCUUCUUUGGGGCUUUCAGGAUCAACAAAUGAAGAAGAGUAAUACUCUGUGAUUUUCAAAUUCAGAAAAUAGCAUAACAAUUUAUAUAAUGUUAUAUUAAGUUAGUGAUGUAAAGAUGAACCGCGAGCCGGUUGAAAAUCAAUUCAGAUAUGUGACGAUUCAAAUCGGUUGAGAUGCUAAACAGAGUUUAUAUGAA